AUGUCUCAUAAUCAAAAUACCAAAGGCACCAAUUCCACAUUUACUACAUUCAAUUUUACAACAUCAGCUUACACAGCUUCAUACCAUCAUCCCUCGAAAAACCAAUCAAAUAAUGCACCUCCUUAUGGUUCAUCCUAUUCGACGUUUAAUCCUUCACAACUGAAUAAUAAUAAAACAUCCAAUGAAUCGCCUAAUAGGAAGUCGAACAAUAGUAAUCAAUACUCAAAUUCUGGUGCUUAUGAUCCGCAUUCUAACUUCACAUAUUAUUCAUACUACAAUAAAACCAAAAAAGAACAAGAACGUGCUCAAGAAGAAUCAAUUAAAAACACAGAUCGAAUAAAACAAGAAUUAUCUGAAAGGUUAAAAGCAGAAGCAAAUUUAAGAAAGAAAGAAUCUGAAAAGAAACUACAAGAAGAACUUAACAAAAAAAAAACGCAUAGUCAAGAAGAAGGAGAACGAAAACGAAAUAAAGAAGAUGGCGAAGAAUCAUCAAUCAACAAUAAUAAAAGAAGUAGAACUUCAAUUUUUAAUGGCAAAACCAAUGCUAAGAAAAGUAAAACUGGUAUAUUUGAAGGUGAUCAGUACGACCCUGCCAAAGUUAACGGUUUUGAGAAAAAAGCCGAAAAUUUAGCUGAUGUUGGUAAAAACAUGAAUUCAAACGAAAAAGCUUUUACUAAAGACUCAUCUGACAAACUAAAGGAAAAGAAAACUCAUCAAAGAGGAAUUUUUGAUGACCCUAUUAUAUUGGAAGAUGAUGGUUCGCUGAAUACAAAUUUAAAUCAAUCUGACGAUAAUGCUAAUCAAAAUAAUGAAGGUGCCGAAAAUCCAUAUUUUCAAGCUCGAAGAAAGAAAAGUAAUAGUGUUGAAGUUGAUGAAGCAAUUGAAGCUACUAAUAAUGACAAUGACGCUGCUAUUACAAAAACUGAUGUUAUUGACGUUGACGAAGUACAAGAUGACGAAGAACAUGAUGACGAAGAACAAGAUGAUGAAGAAAAAUAUUCACCAGUGAAUGUUAUGAAUAAUCUAAAAGAUUUGACAGACAAAAGAACUCCAACUCAAGAAAAUAACCAAGAAAGUUUGAAAGAUUACAUUUCUGAAAUUCCUUUAAAAGCAAAGCAACCUCCACGAAUUGUAAAGUCAUCGUCUCCUUAUCGCAGUAACUUGUCAAGCAACCCUUUACAUGGUAUAGAUAAAAAUCAAAAUGAUUAUAUGAACAGGGAAAAUGAUGAAACUGUCAAACAUCAUACAACUUCAUCAAAUAAAAGAUCCAAGAUUUCUACUAAAGAGCCUUCAAUUUUUGAUUUUAACGACUUGGAAAUGAAAUUAGGUAGUGAUAUAGAAGAAGUAGGUUUUCAGGAUUUGCAUGAAAGUUUACCAAAUGAAUCUAGCACCAGCAAUUUUAACAAUGUUUCAUCAAGAAGAAGAAAAAGAGUACAUGCAUACUCUGAUGGUACAUCCAAAGCAGAAACAUUGUCAAUUCCCAUCAAUAAAAAUUCUGUACGAGGGCAUAGAACAACUAAAAACACAACAGCUAAUACAGGUAUUUCUUCUACAUACUCAAACCCAUCUAAUAUUACAAUUUUAGAUAUGCAUGCUUCACCCAAGAUUCAUAAGAUUCAAAUUCCUAAUCCUCCUUCACCAAUUGAUGUCAAUAAUAUUUGCAAACAAACUUGGUUGAAUUAUAUCAACUCCAUUCUUUCAUAUCAAAAAGAAUUUUUGAAUUACAAAAAAAUCAUUAUACAAUAUCAAAUUGAAAGAGUUGACAAAGAUUUUAAGUAUUUUGACAGUAUAAACAAUGAACAAAGUGAAUAUAAUCUAGAGACUUACAAUAAUUGUAUUGAGAGAGAUUUAAAAGUUUUGAAAGAUUUUACAGAUGCAUUGUACACAUUCUCAAUUACCAUGAGAUCAUACAAACAAAAUUGUGACUGGAUUAGAGCUAUCAAAGAAGGUGAAAAUGGUUGGAAUAUAUAAUGCAAUAAACGAAUGAACGCGUAAUAAUAACCACUUUGAUUCUCUGAACACGUAAUAAUAACCACUUUGUCCAUGUUUUUUUUUUGUUUCGUUGUCGCUCUAAAUUCGCGUUUAAUUUUUUUUUUUUCUUCUAAACAGUUGGAAUGAAAAAUAAAUCAGCUACCAACUAUCUUGAUAUAAUAAUUCACCACUACUAGAAUGAACAAAAGUCGUCAAUUGCUAGUGAUAAUUGGUGUCCUAUUUCAUUUUUUCUACUUAUGGUCUAUAUUUGAUAUUUACUUUGUGCUGCCUUUGGUUCAUGGUAUGAAUCAUCAUAAGUCAACUUUUGAACCACCAGCGAAAAGGUUAUUUUUGAUAGUUGGUGAUGGGUUAAGAGCAGACAAAACAUUUCAGAGAUUGAAACAUCCAAGAACUGAAGAGGUAAAGUAUUUGGCACCAUAUUUGAGGAGUUUGGUAUUAAAUAAUGGAUCGUGGGGUAUUUCAAACACAAGAAUGCCAACUGAAUCUAGACCUGGACACGUUGCAAUGAUUGCUGGGUUUUACGAAGACGUUUCUGCCGUUACCAAAGGCUGGAAAGAAAACCCUGUGGAUUUUGAUUCUUUUUUCAAUCAAUCUAGACAUACCUAUUCAUUUGGUAGUCCGGACAUAUUACCAAUGUUUGCUUUUGGACAAGGUGUUGUUCCUGGUAGAAUUGACGUCUGUAUGUAUGGACACGAGUUUGAGGACUUUACAUCGAGCUCAAUUGAAUUAGACUCAUUUGUUUUUGAACAUUUUUAUGAUUUAAUGAAAAAUCUGACAAACAAUUCAACUUUACAUGAUGAAUUACACCAAGAUGGAAAUGUGUUUUUCUUACAUUUAUUAGGACCUGAUACUGCAGGCCAUGCUUAUAGACCUUAUCUGGCAGAAUAUUAUGAAAAUAUAGAAUAUAUUGAUCAAAAAUUGGAAGAACUCGUUCCUAAAAUAAAUGAAUUUUUUGGUGAUGAUAAGACGGCUUUUGUUUUUACAGCUGAUCAUGGUAUGUCUGACUUUGGGUCACAUGGAGAUGGUCAUCCUGAUAAUACUCGUACUCCGUUAAUUGCCUGGGGAGCAGGUAUAAACAAACCUAUUCAUUUAAAAGAUUUACCAAACAAUACAGAUCAAUUACUCAAACAAGACCCUAUAAGAAGUGGAUUUGAAUCAAGUUAUUUUGAUACCUGGGAAUUCGACCAUCUUGUUAGAAAUGAUGUAAAUCAAGCCGAUAUUGCAUCUUUAAUGGCGUACUUGAUUGGUUCAAAUUACCCAGCUAAUUCAGUAGGUGAAUUGCCCUUGGGUUAUUUGAAUGCUUCAACUAAAACCAAAGUUGAAUCUUUGUAUGCAAAUGCGUUGGCUAUCGUUGAGCAAUACAUUGUGAAAGAACAGGAAGUUUAUAAUCAUCAAUUUAAGUUUAAACAAUUUGAACCUUUCAAGAAUAAACCAAUAACGCAAUAUCAAAUGGAAAUUGAAAAUUUAAUACAAAAAUUGUCGGUAGCAUCAUCUAAUGACGUUGAAUUUGAAGCAAUACGGUUGACAGAAGAAUUGAUGAAAAAAGCCUUGGAAGGUUUGAACUAUUUGCAAAAGUAUAAUUGGUUGCUACUCAGGUCAAUUGUUACUUGUGGGUUUUUUGGCUGGAUUAUUUAUUCCUUCGACAUAUUUUUAAAGUUAUUCAUAUUGGACGAUGAACAAAUACAACAGAUUUCCUGCAAAACUUCACCACUGCUCGUUUUGAUCUUUGGUUUUGUAGGGCUAGUUACCAAUUAUAUCUUAUUUUAUCAGAACUCACCAUUUAAUUACUAUAUGUAUGCUGCUUUUCCUUUAUAUUUUUGGUAUACAGUUUUAACUGAAAAACAAUACUUGUUACUAGGAAUCGAACAAUUCUUACACGGGGUAACCAUCAAAACAAAAUCCUUGAUAUUUUUAUCAUUUUUGGGGAUGUACGAAGGAAUAGCCUAUGGUUUUUUUGAAAGAUACAUGUUUUCGGUGAUAUUUCUAGCAAUUGGCACAUAUCCUGUUUUAGUUUCUGGUUCAGAUAGAAUUUCAGUUCUUUUUAAGACUACUUGGUUAAUUAGUUGUUCACUUAUGUGCAUAUUUACCAAUAUGGAUCCAGUUAAAACAGAAAGUUUAACUUUAAUAAAUACUGGAACAUUAUUAGCAUUUAUAAUAAGUAUUAGUGGAAGUUCCUAUGUUUUCACCCGAGUUUCAGGUUUGCAAUCUGUUCAAAAAAAAUUGAUAUUGUUACAAAUUCUAAGUUUACCGAUCAUGUUGUAUGCAACAAAUGCUUCCGUCAUAUCAUUACAAGCUAGAACAGGAUUACCUUUGCAUAGUCAAAUAAUUGGAUGGGUUACAUUAAUAAUCUCAUUGAUAGUUUUACCAGCUAUACACUCCAUUCAUUCAUCAAAAGAUUAUCGAUUUAGAUUAUUGAUAAUAUUCCUUACAUUUAUUCCCACAUUUGUCAUUUUAACAAUUUCAUUUGAAUUAUUAUUUUAUGUUGGUUUUUCUUUGAUUUUAUUACAAUGGCUUAUAAUAGAAGAAACUUUGAGGUUUUCACACAAGGAGCUUGUCGAAACAAAAAGAAAUACCGGUAGAUUACCAAAAGGUUAUUGGCUUCAAGUAAUUAGAAUUACCAUAAUCGGUUUUUUUUUCUUACAAUUUGCAUUUUUUGGGACAGGAAAUAUUGCUUCAAUCUCGUCCUUCUCACUAGAUUCAGUUUACAGAUUAAUUCCCAUAUUUGAUCCAUUUUCAAUGGGUGCUUUAUUAAUGAUAAAAUUGAUUAUUCCAUAUGUUUUAUUAUCCACUUGUCUUGGAGUUAUGAAUCAUCAACUUGAAAUUAGAAAAUUUACAAUUUCUAGUUUGAUCAUAUCAACAAGUGACUUCUUAUCAUUAAACUUUUUCUUUUUAGUAAGAACUGAAGGCUCAUGGUUAGAUAUAGGUGUUUCAAUUUCAAAUUAUUGUUUAGCAAUGCUAUCUUCCUUAUUUAUGUUGAUACUAGAGUUUGUCAGCUCUAUAAUGUUGAAUGGAGUAGAAUAUGAUUAUACUGAUAGAAAAAUAGAAUAG